AUGCUUAUCUCAAGGGAAGCGCCAAAUGGUGAAAAAUAUCUCGAAAUAAACAAAGAGCGCGGAGCAGUGUUGGCGACUAAAAACCAUCAAGGUGGCCUAGAUGAUAAAGAAGAUAAGUCAAACGGAAAAAUAUUUGAAAGAACAGGCUCAAAACGCUGCCCAGUGAAACUCAUCGAGAAAAACCUGUCACAUCUGAGUCCCAAAUGCAGCAGUUUAUUCCGGAAAGCAAGAAGCCCGUGCAAAGCGUUUAACCCAGCAACGGAUCUUGUGUGGUACUGCACGAGUCCACUUGGCCACAACACGCUUGAAAAUAUGCUACGAAGUAUGACAUCAAGAGCUGGAAUAAAGCCACAUCUAACAAACCACUCGAUCAGAGCGACCACCGUGACGGUUUUGUCAGCUGCAAACAUCGAGAGUCGGUAUAUCAGGGCAAUAACCGGCCACCAAAGUGAAGAAAGCAUCAAGAGCUAUUGUGAUACGCCGACAUUCGAGCAGUUUAAAAGAAUGUCAAACGAGCUAAGUGAAUUCUUCGAUCCAUCUGGUGGCGAUGACAAGGCUGUUACAGUCCCUCAGAAAACCGUUGCGUCGUCAUCGAGCCAGCCGCAAUCAGUAGCUACGAGCACUGAAAAUUAUUCCUUCCAGUCCAUUCAAGAUGGAUCACAGAAUCUUGUCCAUGGCUUCAUUCCCGGAGCCACGUUCCAUAACUGUAAUCUCAACUUUAAUGUGAGCUUUGGAGGAAGCAGCAGCAAAUAA